UUUGUUUAAAAAGGAUAGAAAGGAAGCGGGAUUUGUAAAGUUGGAAUUUUGUUGUGUUUGUGAAGUUGGCUUGACGAUUCCUUUCCCCCCUCCACAAGCCUAAACCCUCGCUGCUGUACUCCACGUCCAUUUCCUUUUCCGGGGUGGUUGUAAGCAAGCGGCCUCAACAUGGGCGCCUACAAAUACAUUCAGGAACUCUACCGUAAGAAGCAGAGCGAUGUUCUUCGCUUUUUGCUCCGUAUUAGAGUUUGGCAAUACCGCCAGCUCACAAAGAUGCACAGGGCUCCCAAACCUUCCAGGCCGGACAAGGCCCGUCGCAUGGGAUAUAAGGCCAAGCACGGAUACGCUGUGUUCCGUAUUCGGGUACGUAGAGGAGGCCGCAAGAAGCCCGUUCCUAAGGGUGCCACCUACGGCAAGCCCAAGAGCCAGGGUGUGAACCAGCUGAAGCCCACCCGCAACCUGCAGUCUGUGGCUGAGGAGCGUGUUGGUAGAAGGUGUGGUGGCCUCAGGGUUCUGAACUCAUACUGGGUUGCUGAAGAUUCUACCUACAAAUAUUUUGAAGUUAUCUGUGUUGACCCUGCCCACAAGGCUAUCAGGAGAGAUCCCAAGGCCAACUGGAUCUGCAAACCUGUCAUGAAGCAUCGCGAGCUUCGUGGUCUUACCUCUGCUGGCCGCAAGUCCCGAGGACUUGGAAAGGGUCACAGAUAUUCUCAGACCAAGGGUGGAUCUCGCCGUGCCGCUUGGCUCAGAAAGAAUUCUCUCUCUCUGCGCAGGAAGCGUUAAACUUAUUCUUAAUAAACUAUCUGCUUAUUAUAA